AUGCAAAAAACAACGUUAUCAAGGAGGCGGCCAAGCAGCGACCAGUUUUUCUCUUUGCUGCUUCUUGCGCUCGCCGCGCCACAUGCAGUCUCUGCGCUCUCGCUGUCCAACUUUCAGCUCAUCACAUCAACAGCGGUGCCCAUCAACUGCAUCCUCGCCUACAACCAGCAACUAACUGGAUGCACACUGAGUGACUUCACAGUGUCCAAUAGCCGCCGGCGAGACCGCAAUACCUGCUCAGUGGCCUGCCAGGCAGGAAUUGCACGCGCACAGGAGACGAUCCAGAAUGUGUGUGGUGGAAUCCAGUCGUCUGGGUCGGUGACGACGGUUCUGGGUGUGGCACUGUCGGGCGACUUGGUCGGCCUGCUGUGUGGAGGUUCCGAAUCCGUAUCGGGAGACAACACCGAAGACAACCCCGCAACGACGACAGCAACAGCGCCGGCAGCAGUCUUGCAAACAGAAACGACGGAGACGGCGGCAACAACUGCAGCGGCGACGAGCGACACCACCACCACCACCUCUGCCACCAAUAACGGCAACCCGCCUUUUGUCUUUUCAACACUCGACCCUCCAGCAGGGUUCACAACCGUCCCGACGGGCUCCAGCGACGGCGUCGCACAGGCACCAGCCGCAGCCGCUGCACCGGCGACAUCGGUACGGCCUUCGGAGUCGUUUAUUCAGAACACCAACUCACUGGUCGGGAAUGGUGGUGGAAACGGCAAUGCGGCGCCGCCAUCGCCGACCAUUGCGACGAGUUCCCUCCCACGUUCGUCAUCAACGUCAUCCUCGACUUUGACGUCGCAGCCUGUGGCGGGCGCGAACAACCGCAAUAUAUUUGGCGGCGGUGGCAGCCCCUUUGACGAGGCGGCAGCCAACAGUGGAGCCGAGCGGACGGGACGCGUCGCUGGUCCAUGGGCACAGCCAUGGAUGAUGCUGAGUGCGGCAGUAGCAGCCAUAGCAGCUGGUGGCGUUUUGGCGAGAUGGUAG